AUGGUUCCUGUCUGCCCCAUGUCCUCACUGUGCUUAGAAGAGGCAGUGUCAGCGCACAAGAGAAAACGUCGCUCCACACCUCUGAGUUCUUCGACACUUCCUUCACCAGAAAUAGAAGACAGCUCCUAUCUGCAGACUACAGAAAUCUCCCUGUGGACUGUAGUGGCUGCUGUCCAGGCUGUGGAGAAGAAGAUGGAGUCGCAGGCUGUCCGACUGCAGACCCUGGAGGGGCGUGCAGGGACGGCUGAGAAGAAGCUGGCCGAUUGUGAGAAGAUGGCUGUGGAGUUCGGCAACCAGCUGGAGGGCAAGUGGGCCGUGCUGGGGACGCUGCUGCAGGAGUACGGGCUGCUGCAGCGGCGGCUGGAGAACAUGGAGAACCUGCUCCGCAACAGGAACUUCUGGGUCCUGCGGCUGCCCCCGGGCAGCAAGGGCGAGGUGCCCAAGGUGUCCGGCUCGUUAGAGGAUGAUGGGAUCUGUCUCUCAGAGCAGGAGUGGGAGAACCUUGAAGACUGGCAGAGGGAGGUGUACCACAAUGUGAUGAAGAGCAACUAUGAGACUCUAGUCUCUCUGAAGGUUCUUGGCCAGCCUGAAGGAGAAGCAGAGCUGGGUACAGAGAUGCUAGGUGGCUUGGAGGAGGAAGGUCCUGGCAGUGCCCACCCAGCAGACAGAGUCGUGAUCAAACAGGAGGUGCAGUAUGAGCAGGAAGGCUUAGACGAUGUUUCUGGAGAGAUCCCAGGCACAGCAGAAGAGCAGACACUCUUGCAUCCGGAGCAGGCAGCCUUCUGGGAUGGUCAGGACAGCUCUGCCUUUGUGGAGUCAAGCCCAGCGGGCUUGGACCCAGAGGAUCCUGCUGAGACCGGUAGAGAUGCCAGCAGUGGCCGAAUUCUGGGGGGCCGCCGGAAGCAAACGUCCAGUAGGCGGGUGCACAUGGGUCAGGAAGCAGGUCUGGGCCUACAACUGCAGAGGGAUUUGGCCAGUCCCUUGGGGUGCUUGGAGUGUGGGGUCACCUUCCGCAGCAAACAGCAGCUGUCUGUGCACCAGAGGACCCACUCGGAAUGGAUGUCUCACACAGACCCAGAACCUGGAGAGAACCUGCGGUCCCGGCCUCGGCUCAAACCCCAGGCCAGGAAGGGCCGGCUACACCAGUGUGCUGUGUGUCUGAAGAGCUUCAGUUGCCAGGUGAGCCUGACCACCCACCAGCGCUGCCACCUGCAGGAGGGACCUGUAGCUGGCCCACACGCCCAGGAGAGAUUCUCGCCCAACAGCCUGGUAGCCCUGCCUGGCCACAUCCCCUGGAGGAAGAGCCGGAGUGCUCUCAUCUGUGGCUACUGUGGCAAGAGCUUCAGCCACCCGUCUGACCUUGUGCGGCACCAGCGCAUUCACACGGGUGAGCGGCCCUACCGCUGCCCUGAGUGUGACAAGAGCUUUGUGCAGAAGCAGCAUCUCUUGCAGCACCAGAAGACCCACCAGCGCAAGCGCAGCGGGCCAAACCUUGAGCCCGGGAGGCCCCAGGGCCUGCUCUAA